UCGGGCUUCCAACCGCGUCGCCGCGCUGCCUCCUCAUACCAGCGCCUCUCUGCCUUCGAUGCCUCCAACUCUGCUUUGGGACGGCGAUAUUCCCCUGGCUGAGCCCAGGGUCCCUUGCCGUCCAGAAUCUCCUCCCAAGUCCAUGAGUCCUGUGUCUUCUGCCGCUGCUGCUGCUGUCCUUUACCACUCUGCUUGAUCCUUGGGUGGUGGGUGUUUCUGUAACGGCAGUCUAUCUCUUCCUCCUCUUCGGACGAGGAGAGGCGAGAAGGAUCGGAGGACCAAUAUGCAGAGUGGCCGACUCAGAUUAAGUCUGAGGCCGGUAACAUCAACAGUGAGGACAAACCCAGCCUGCCUCUCUCCUUCCACACUGAGUAGAAACCUACAGUCACUGGGUCCUGAUUGUGACAGUGGAGCCCAGUUUGCACUGCAGGAUCCAGAGAUGGCAUCAGUGAAGCUGGAGGACUGCAGUCAAACACUGGAGCUGAAUGUCAACAUUAAAGAGGAAGAAGAGGAGGAGAAGAUUAGGACAACUGUUAGUCAUGGAUACCAUGUUGAGACAUUCUCUACAUCCAGAGAGCAACAGCAGGAAGAUCACAGAGCUACGAGGUCUCACCACUGCCCACAUUGUGAGGAGAUUUUCCCAUUUCUAUCAAAGCUAAAAAUACACCUAAGAAAACACACAGGAGAGAAACCUUAUUCCUGCUCUGACUGUGUGGCGAGUUUCUCUCAACUUUCCGACUUAAAAUCACAUGAACGUAUACAUACAGGGGAGAAGCCUUACGUCUGCUCUGACUGUGGAAAACGUUUUAAAACAUCAAAUAAGCUAAAAUCUCACCAGAGAACACACACAGGAGAGAAGCCUUACGUCUGCCCUGACUGUGGAACUAGUUUCUCUCACCUUUCCAACUUAAAAACACAUGAACGUAUACAUACAGGAGAGAAGCCUUACGUCUGCCCUGACUGUGGAACUAGUUUCUCUCACCUUUACGACUUAAAAACACAUGAACGUAUACACACAGGAGAGAAGCCUUUCUUCUGCUCUGACUGUGGGGCGAGUUUCUCUCAACGUACCAACUUAAAAAGACACCAACGUAAACACACAGGAGAGAAGCCUUACGUCUGCUCUGACUGUGGAAAAUGUUUUAAAACAUUAUAUGAGCUAAAAUCUCAUCAGAGAACACACACAGGAGAGAAGCCUUACGUCUGCCCUGACUGUGGAACUAGUUUCUCUCACCCUUCCACCUUAAAAUCACAUGAACGUAUACAUACAGGGGAGAAGGCAUACUCCUGCUCUGAAUGUGGAAAAUGUUUUAAAACAGCAACUGAGCUAAAACUUCACCAGAGAACACACACAGGAGAGAAGCCUUUCUUCUGCCCUGACUGUGGAACUAGUUUCUCUCAUAUUUCCUACUUAAAAUCACAUGCACGUAUACAUACAGGGGAGAAGGCAUACUCCUGCUCUGAAUGUGGAAAAUGUUUUAAAACAGCAACUGAGCUAAAACUUCACCAGAGAACACACACAGGAGAGAAGCCUUACUUCUGCUCUGACUGUGGAAUUAGUUUCUCUCAACUUUCCAACUUAAAAUCACAUGAACGUAUACACACAGGAGAGAAGCCUUACUUCUGCUCUGACUGUGGAAUUAGUUUCUCUCAACUUUCCAACUUAAAAUCACAUGAACGUGUACAUACAGGAGAGAAGCCUUACUCCUGCUCUGACUGUGGAACUAGUUUCUCUCAACUUUCCCACUUAAAAAGACAUGAACGUAUACACACAGGAGAGAAGCCUUACUUCUGCUCUGACUGUGUAAAAUGCUUCAAAACAUCAACUCAGCUAAAAGGUCAUAAGAGAACACACACAGGGGAGAAAAAAAGUUAAUUAGAGAACACAGGCCUGAGAGAAGCCUGCUUACGUCUGCUCUGACUUUUGGGUGAGUUUCUCUCACCAUAGAAACUUAACACACCAAUGUAUAGACUAUAGACGUCGAGCCAAAGGCUGCGUGUUUGAAUCUCAUCAAGGAGGACUUUAGCAUUAAGCUAAUUAGCAACUUUGCAACUUCUUACUAAUUUUGAGCUAUGUUAGCAUGUUAGCUUAGCAUGCAACUACUUAGCAUGUUAGCUAACCUUUCCCCUAAACCCAUUUAACUCUACCUUAAACCCCUCACCCCUAACCUAGCUAACGUUAGCAACAACAAAUUGGAAUUCGUAACAUAUCAUACAUAUUACAAGUUCGUAAUAUAUUGUAUGAAUAGCAAUCCUUAAAAUAACAUAUGAAUUGUAAUUCUUAACAUCUGAUAUGUCCUACAAGUCGUAUUAUACUGAACAACAAUCUAAACGCAACAAUUUCAAAGAUUUACAGUUCGUAUAAGGAUGUCAGUCAAUUGAAAUAAAUGAGGCCCUAAUCUAUGGAUUUCACAUGACUGGGCAGGGGCUCAGCCAUGGGUGGGAUUUGGGAGGGCAUAGGCCCACUUGGGAGCCAGGCCCAGCCACUCAGCAUGACUUUUUCCCCACAAAAGGUCUUUAUUACAGACAGAAAUACUACUCAGCCCCCUCCCAGACAAUCCUGCAGGUGAAGAGGUCCUGGGCUGCCGUGGUUACAUGUGAUCUGCAGUUGUGAGACCUGUUGGAUGUACUGCCAAAUUCUCUAAAAUGACUUUAGAGGUGUCUUAUGGUAGAGAUAUAAAUAUUGAGUUCUCUGGCAACAGCUCUGGUGGACAUUCCUGCAUUCAUCAUGACAAUUGCACAUUCCCUAAACUUGAGACAAAUGUGACAUUGUGUUGUGUGGACUUUUAUUGUCCCCCAGCACAAGGUGCACCUGUGUAAUGAUAAUGCUGUUUUAUCAGCAUCUUGAUAUGCCACACCUGUCAGGUGGAUGGAUUAUCUUGACAAAGGCUGAAAUGCUCAUUAACAGGGAUAUAAACAAAGUUGUGCACAAGAUUUGAGAGACAUUAGCUUUUUGUGCAUAUGGAACAUUGCUGGAUUUUUUUAUUUCAGCCCAUGAAACCAACACUUUACAUAUUUAGUUUAUAUUUUAGUUUAUUUACUGUAAUAGUCCAAUCAUACUAAAUGGAGUGGCACUGGUGUUUUUUGUAUAAUAUAAAACGUUUUGCUCUGAGACCAGGUUGUCCCUCUGCAGUAUUCUGUGGGAAGGAGCUAGUAUACCCUUUUUAAUUGUUUUUAUUGAACCUUUGUUUAACUAGGCAAGUCAGUUAAGAACCAAUUCUUAUUUACAAUGGUGGCCUAGGAACAGUUGGUUCAGAUUUUUACCUUGUCAGCUCGGGGAUUCGAUCUACCAACCUUUUGGUUACUGGCCCAAUGCUCUAACCACUAGGCUACCUUCCACCCCUAACAUGUAUCAGAUAUAGAUGGUGUGAUGAUCACUUUUCACCACUAGUUUGGGGGGAUUGUUUUACAACUUUAUUUAAUGAGACACAGUUUAUGAAAUGAAUACAUGUGUUUAUUAAUUGUCUUUAAAACUAGAUGAGUUAUUUUAGUUACUGAUCAUGAAUGUGUUUGGAUACCUGCAUUGAAGAAAACGUUAUUGAUCUGCCAAUGAAAAAUAAAGUUACAUGAAUAUGUACUGGUCAACCUCUUCUUCUCUUUAGUAUUCAGUUCUUCAUAUUAGAUUUGACAGUAUGAAUGGUUCUUAUGGUUGUAUUCAGUUCUUCAUAUUAGAUCUGACAGUAUGAAUGGUUCUUAUGGGCUGAGUGCCGGGAGUGUUUUUGUAUGACUACAGUCAGGGUGUUUCAUGAUAUCUAGUUUACACCAAUUGAUGCUCCCCAUUGGUCCGUGGCUGUUUCUUUUGCGUUGGGGACAACUGUAGCAUUGUAGUUAAGCCAUAACCCUUUUCCUAACCUUAAUCUCAGUCUCCUAACCGUCGUUAAUUAUCAUAACCUGCCACGUUAGUUAUCCACACCUGCAUGGUAAACAAAUCCCUAAUCCUCACCCUUUUCCUAACAUUAACCUCAGUCUCCUAACCUGCCACGGUAAUUAUCCUAACCUUCCACUUUAAUUAUCCUAACCUGCCACUUUAAUUAUC